AUGGUCUUCAGGUUUCUGGAUCUCCCAUCAGAGCUGCGCAACCGCAUCUACGAGAUCGCUGCGGCAGCCGGUGACGAGCCGUUGGUUCUAUUCCGGCAGCCUCAUAGGGAAGAUGGCAACUAUGCGGGUCUUACGAGAGCUUGCGUUCAGAUUCGAGCUGAAUAUCGACCAAUGCAGCGUCGCAGGGCCAAACUUUCCGUGGCCUUUUCAAACCUUGAUGACUUUACUCGGACCUUUCUCGCUUCAGCCACCGACAAGAUGACUCUCCCUCUUGAGGUUCACGUCCGGGUAUCCCGUCUCAGCAGGCCAGGAUACUCUCUUACUUUCGACUCACUUCCAAUUCUUGAAGUCAAAGUUGCGAACCCCCGCUUGGACAUCAGGAUCGUGCCCGUUACUAUCCCAAGUGGGUUUCCAUUCGUGGCGAGUAGCCUGCAGAACACGGCUGCUGCUCUCGCGACUAUGGCCUUGACGCAAGCACAGGACCUGAACUCGCUGCUCCUUCACUCAAACAAGGACUGGCAUGCGUGUAUCAGCAACGGCUCGAUUGGAGAAGUCUUCAUAGAGAUGGAAAUCGGGUUUACACGGGUUGAGAUCGUCUUCAUGGGUAUGCUUGGUUACAGGAACUGGCCAAAAACACGGAGAGGCGACGAGGAGUGGCGUAUCUCUCACGGUCUGCAUGCUCCGGCAUCGCAUGGUCAUCGCAUCGACUUUAGCUUUCUUCACAAGGAAUAG